AUGGGUAUUCCUGAAGUUGCCGAUGCUGCUCGUAAUUUCGCCGUCAUGGUCCGAAUUCAGGGCCCCGACCCAAAGGGCCUUAAGAUGAGGAAACAUGCAUUUCACCACUAUAAUUCUGGGAAAACAACAUUGUCAGCUUCUGGAAUGCUUCUGCCAGGAUUUUCUUACUGUCCCUCAGAAGCCAUGGAAGGUGGUGAUGAUAAGGAUGCCCAGUCUUCUGAAGACUCUGUUUUGGUCUUGACGGUUGCAUCUCUUAUUGAUCCAUUUCUUAGCCAGCAACAUAGGGCAAACCUUUCUAAGGAUAAACCCCAGCUGGUACAUGGUGUUCAGAUUGAUAUAAUGGUGGAGGGCAAACAGGAGAGAGAUGGUGAACUUUUCACUGAUAAGAGAGUAACUUCUCGUUGGCUGCCUGCUGAACUGUUAGUGAUGGUUAACAUCCCUCUCUCUGCCACUGCCAUGCAAUCUCUACUUGAGGGUUCAUCUGGCUCAUUGGAGUAUGGAUGGGAAGUUGGCUGGUCGCUAGCUUCCUAUGCCAGUGGUGCUCAAUCUAUUGUUGGCAACUCUCAGGCACAGGUUGAUCAAUAUCCGUUCCAGAGGCAUGGGCAAACAAGGGGAUUAGAAUUGGGCAAUCCAGAUAUAUUGGCCACAAUGACAACCCGGAUGGCAGUUCUUCGUGUUUCCAAAAAACUUUGGAAGGUACGGCCUAAAUUUGACACUGGUAUUGGCUGUAGGAAAGGAGAUCUUCUUCUGGCAGUGGGUUCUCCUUUUGGCAUUUUGUCUCCUGUGCACUUCUUUAAUUGCAUAUCAGUGGGAUCUGUCUCAAACAGCCAUCCACCUGCAUCCUCCAGUAUGUCGCUUUUAAUGGCUGAUAUUAGGUGUCUUCCAGGAAUGGAAGGCUGCCCAGUUUUUGGAGAACAGUCCCAGCUUAUUGGUGUUUUGACAAGACCGCUGAGGCAAAGGACUAGUGGUGCUGAAAUUCAGCUGGUGAUUCCUUGGGAAGCCAUUGCUUUUGCUUGCAGUGACUUGCUGCAGGAGGAGCAUCAACUUGCAUCAAAAGGGUACCUUUGUGACCAUGGAAACUUGAAUGAUGUAGGAAGAACACCUACUGAACGCCUUCACUUGACUAGAUCAUUGAAGCACAUUAAUGACUCCCUGCAGUCUGGUGCCUAUUUGCCAACUCUAGUUGAAAAGGCUGUUCGUUCUGUUUGCCUAAUUACUGUUGAUGAUGGAGCAUGGGCUUCUGGUGUUUUGCUCAACAAGCAAGGUUUGGUUCUUACAAAUGCUCACCUUGUGGAGCCAUGGAGGUUUAGUAAAGCAGCUUCUGCUGGUGAAGUAAAUACGGAAAAAUCGAAAGUGGUUUCCUACGCUUCAAAGCAACUCAAUGAACACUGUGGCCUUACACAAGCGCAAGGUUUUCUACCUGAAGAACUGAAGAGAGUGGAAUCCUCUCUUCAGAGUGCUAAGUAUGAAGGAUCUAGAUCAAAUUUAAUAGAAGUGGCAAGUGGAAAUAGAAUACGUGUUCGAUUGGACUUUAUGGUACCUUGGCUAUGGGUUGAUGCUAAGUUAGUUUAUGUUUCCAAAGGUCCUCUCGAUGUUGCUCUGCUCCAGCUUGACUUCAUUCCUGAUCAACCUCAACCAAUUAGUGCUCAAUUCACCUGCCCUUCUCCUGGAUCAAAAGUAUAUGUUGUUGGACAUGGUUUGUUUGGACCUCGAUGUGAUUUUCUUCCAUCUGUUUGUCGAGGAGUCGUAUCGAAAGUUGUUGAGGCAAGCAAAGAUGAUCUACAUCAGAAUAUGGAAGGACCGUUUCCAGUGAUGCUGGAAACAACAGCUGCUGUGCAUCCUGGUGGUAGCGGUGGUGCUAUUUUGAAUUCAGAUGGUCAUAUGAUUGGCCUUGUUACCAGCAAUGCUAGACACGGUGGUGGUUCUGUAAUUCCACAUUUGAAUUUCAGCAUCCCAUGCUCACCUCUGAAGCCUAUCUUCAAGUUCUCCAAGGACAUGCAGGACUUAACUAUCUUGCAAGAUCUUGAUAGACCAAAUAAAGAUCUUUCUGCAAUAUGGGCACUAAUGCCACCAUUAUCUCCCAAGCCAGGGCCAUCCUUACCAAAGCUACCAGAGUUUCAACUAGAAAAUGAGAAAGAUACAAAAGGGUCUCGUUUUGCUAAAUUUUUGGCUGACCGGAACAACUUGCUGAAAGAUCAACCUGGAAAGAGUUUGCCUAGCAAGCUAUGA